GGACUGCCCGGGGCCCCGUCCCCUGGGCUGGGGACGCGCCGAAUGUGACCGCCUCCCGCUCCCUCACCCGCCGUGGGGAGGAGGAGCGGACCAUACGCCGCCGCCGGACGACGGGACACGGCGGCUCGGCUCCUUCAGGAUAAGAAGAAAGGCCAACUUAGAAAAAGCAGUAGAAAUACAACUGCUCUAAGGUUUAAGUAUUGUGUAAGCUGCAUCAAUGGAGCACAUACAGGGGGCCUGGAAGACGAUCAGCAACGGUUUUGGAUUCAAAGACACAGUGUUUGACGGCCCCAGCUGCAUCUCCCCUACAAUAGUUCAGCCGUUUGGCUUUCAGCGUCGGGCAUCAGAUGAUGGCAAACUUACGGACUCGUCUAAGACAAGCAACACUAUCCGUGUUUUCUUGCCAAACAAGCAAAGAACAGUGGUCAAUGUGCGAAAUGGAAUGAGCUUGCACGAUUGCCUUAUGAAAGCACUCAAGGUGAGGGGCCUACAGCCGGAAUGCUGUGCUGUGUUCAGACUUCUCCAUGAGCAUAAAGGUAAAAAAGCACGUUUAGAUUGGAAUACUGAUGCCGCCUCGUUGAUUGGAGAAGAACUUCAAGUAGAUUUCCUGGAUCAUGUUCCUCUCACAACUCACAACUUUGCACGGAAGACCUUCCUGAAGCUUGCCUUCUGUGACAUCUGUCAGAAGUUCCUGCUAAAUGGAUUUCGUUGUCAGACUUGUGGCUAUAAAUUUCAUGAGCACUGUAGCACCAAAGUACCUACUAUGUGCGUGGACUGGAGUAAUAUCAGACAGCUCUUAUUGUUUCCAAAUUCUACUAUUGGUGAUAGUGGGGUCCCAGCACUGCCUUCUUUGACAAUGCGUCGAAUGCGAGAGUCUGUUUCCCGGAUGCCUGUUAGUUCCCAGCACAGAUACUCCACACCCCACGCCUUCACAUUCAACUCCUCCAGCCCUUCCUCUGAAGGUUCCCUCUCCCAGAGGCAGAGAUCGACGUCCACACCUAAUGUCCACAUGGUCAGCACCACCCUGCCUGUGGACAGCAGGAUGAUUGAGGAUGCAAUUCGAAGCCACAGUGAAUCAGCCUCACCUUCAGCCUUGUCCAGCAGCCCUAACAAUCUGAGCCCAACAGGCUGGUCGCAGCCCAAAACUCCUGUUCCAGCACAGAGAGAGCGGGCACCAGGAUCUGGGACCCAGGAGAAAAACAAAAUCAGGCCUCGUGGACAAAGAGAUUCAAGCUAUUACUGGGAAAUAGAAGCCAGCGAAGUGAUGCUCUCCACUCGGAUUGGGUCAGGCUCCUUUGGAACAGUGUAUAAGGGCAAGUGGCACGGAGAUGUUGCAGUAAAGAUCCUAAAGGUUGUCGACCCCACCCCAGAGCAGUUCCAGGCCUUCAGGAACGAGGUGGCUGUCCUCCGCAAAACACGGCACGUGAAUAUCCUGCUCUUUAUGGGGUACAUGACAAAGGACAAUCUGGCGAUUGUGACCCAGUGGUGUGAAGGCAGCAGCCUCUACAAACACCUGCAUGUCCAGGAAACUAAAUUCCAGAUGUUCCAGCUGAUUGACAUCGCCCGCCAGACUGCUCAGGGAAUGGACUAUUUGCAUGCAAAGAACAUCAUCCACAGAGACAUGAAAUCCAACAAUAUAUUUCUCCAUGAAGGCCUGACGGUGAAAAUCGGAGAUUUUGGUUUGGCAACAGUAAAGUCACGCUGGAGCGGUUCUCAGCAGGUUGAACAACCCACUGGCUCCGUCCUUUGGAUGGCCCCCGAGGUGAUCCGAAUGCAGGAUAACAACCCGUUCAGCUUCCAGUCCGAUGUCUACUCCUACGGCAUUGUGCUCUACGAGCUCAUGACAGGGGAGCUUCCUUACUCCCACAUCAAUAACCGCGAUCAGAUCAUCUUCAUGGUGGGCCGAGGGUACGCCUCCCCAGACCUCAGUAAGCUGUAUAAGAACUGCCCCAAAGCAAUGAAGAGGCUCGUAGCCGACUGUGUGAAGAAGGUUAAGGAAGAGAGGCCUCUUUUUCCCCAGAUCCUGUCUUCCAUUGAGCUGCUUCAACACUCUCUGCCGAAAAUCAACCGGAGCGCUUCUGAGCCAUCCCUGCACCGGGCGGCCCACACUGAGGAUAUCAACGCCUGCACAUUGACCACGUCCCCUAGACUGCCUGUCUUCUAGCUGACUUUGCACCUGCACUCAGGCCACCAGGGGAGGAAGGGAAGUCAGCAGGCACCACCUUUCUGCUCCCUUUCGAUGGAGGCAGAGAGCUCAUUUUCAGAGAAGCUGCUGCUAAGGACCUUCUAGACUACUCACAGGGCCUUAACUUCAUGUUGCCUUCUUUUCUACCCUUUCUGGCCCUGGGAGAAGGAAGCCAUUGAAACGCUGGUUUGUCCUGCUCCCUCCCUGCAUCCCUUAUGCUCUUGAGCCGAGAGCCUUCUCCAGAUGCACCCACGGCUGCCCAAUGGCAGUACGUGAUCUGGGGCCUCACCUGUUGGCCGAACGAGUACUUUUUUUAGGGCAAGAAAACGCACUCGGAGGGGAAAUGAAGGUAGCAGACAAACCAGCCCUGAUGUGGACAUGUGGAUUGUGGAUAUCAGCUCCUAGGAGGAAUGCUUGUCAUGGGAAGAACUGUUCUUCAGAGAGUGGUGUGGCGUCAAACAGGUAGUUUUGCACAUAACACACCGAACAGCCCAGGACUGUCGAGAGACCACAGCCGCCUGAGGGAGCAUUGGUACUAUGGACCUUGACUUUGGGGACACUUCCUUUCCUUGGAGGUCUCCAGUGCAUUGGGACGGUUUUCCAGAAGAGGCGCUUGGCCCGCCUCUCCCAGUCUUCGCCCUGUCGGGGAGCAGUCUUCCAUCUCGCUGAAUCUGUCUUCCAGGAGCUGCCCCUGUGGGGCGGGGCCACCGGGCCAGCCUCUCUCUUCAGUCACAUCAUGUGGAUGCAAGGAAGCCAGGAAUACAGGUUUUCUUGAUGAUUUGGGUUUUAAUUUUGUUUUUAUUGCGCCUGACAAAAUACAGUUAUCUGAUGGUUCCUCAAUUAUGUUAUUUUAAUAAAAUAAAUUAAAUGUA